CCGUUUGACAAUGAUGUGGUUAUGCUUUAUCGUUGAAAGUAGAAUGUAAUUUUUUCAUGUUCACGCUUUUAUAACUGUCUAUAAAAGCACAAAGGUGACUUAACUUCGUGUAACUUUCUAUAAUAUUAUUUGAUUUUACACUUUUCUGCAAUUCUUUACGCAAACUCGGUGUGUGGUCACUUAAUCUGAAUUUUUCAGGUGACGAAUGUUUUUUAAAGAGAAGAUUUAUGUAACACAAGCCACUGUGAGGGAAAUACAAAUUUAAAAAUGAAUACGGCAUCUUUUGUAGCGGAUCGAAGGACAAGGAAUAGGAAAAAAUUCCAAUUACCGAGUUGCAGCGAUUAUGUGGAUAAUUAUAAGGAAAACACUUCUAAUAAUGCUCCAUUCUUUAGUGAAGAAUCUUUAUUAUCAAAACGAGACAGAUCUCCAACUAUAGUAUUACGACUGUCGGACAGUCAAAAUUAUAAUAUUGAAGUCCCUGAUACUACACGGAGCAACAAUUUAUCAAACUACAGAUGUAAUGAUAAGUCAGUUGGGUCCAAAACUUCAGAAAAAAGCGAAGUCAUCAUAAUCAGCGAUUCGAGCGACAAUGAUGAAUUUCCGUCAAGAAAGACCGAGACUUCUCGAUUCGCUACCAGCACUUUUAAAAAUAUUCAGGCAAGCGUUAGUAUUUCAUCUUCAACGGAUGAAUCGGACACGAGGGACGAUUUUAAUUCAAGGAAAAAUGAGUCAAAGAAAUUGAAUCACGAUAAAGGAAGAGGAAGAUUGCUCAGUAAUUUUAAACAUAAUAUUAGUUCUUUUAAAGCAAAACAGAGAUGCAGUAUUUUGUACACGUCGGACGAUACCGCUUCGACAGCUAGUUCAAGCAAAAGUCAAAGUAAAAGCUCAUCAUCUAGGAAAAGUAAAGAUUCACAUUCGUCACUUUCACAUGUGAGUCCAACUCCUCGUUCAGUCGGUUCCAAUAAUUCAAUUAAGAGUCACAAGAGCGUUAGCAAGUAUGUUUCCAAGCAAGUCGAGAGAAUAAGAGACCACGCGACAACAUCUGGAUUUGGAACGAGCCCGAGUUUCUGCAGCACCAAGUAUCAAAAAGUUUUCCCAAGGAGAAUCUCGAAUCGAGGCACACAGCUGACAAAGUUGGAUGCCCUCAAGAUUUUAAAAGCUGUCAAAUCCAAGAGGGUGAAAUACUUUUCCCCUAGUAGCAGCGACAAGAGUCAAGUCUCAGAAACUCCGGAUUUUGAUGAAGAAGUUCGAAAGGAUAAACCAAAGAGAUCAAAUAUCAUCGAGGAGACUGACUCGGAGGUUGACGAAGUCGUUGAGAAAAGUAUUAUACAAAACACACCAGAAGUAUCAAAGCGAAAAACCUCGGUCAGCAGAUUCCUUAAGACUCCUGUUAAUAUUCAGGAGAUGGCAUACAAUGAUCUUUCGGAAAGGAAGCGAAAGGAAAUCGCAAACUGGCUUAUGACGAAUUCUCCUGACUCUAAAAACGAAAGUUCGUUAAGUCACAUUUCUGAAAGUAAUAGGAACAGUCUUAGUUCUGGAAAUAGUAGCUUGGAGCGACUGGAAGCCAAUUUCGAAACACCAAAUAAUAGGGAGAAGUUUAAGAGAAAGGUUAUUGACGAUAGAGAAGUAAAUUAUACUGAGCCAAAGACUCCGACGAAUGUUUUUCUGCCUGAUGUUUUGAAUGGCGUUGCACUAGGGGCUACUGAUAAACGAGUUAAUAUUCGUACUCCUAAAAAAAGUCCUGAAACUCCUAUUCCUAAGACUGCUAUAUCUACUGUAAAAAGCCGGCAGACUAAAAUAGACGAUUAUUUGAGGAAAACUAAGACUUCUUCGGGGCAAUAUAUUAACGAACUAACAUCUGCAAAUAAGACGAUAAAGAAGCCUCCAGCUUCCAAAGAGUUGAACUCGGAGGAUGUCCGAAUUGAAGACUGCGUUGAUAUUUUGGAUAAAUUGUAUGGAGAUACGUGGAGAGCGAAGGCUGAUGCAAUUUUAACGGAACCGAGAAGAAAACCUGUUUCGAAAAAAGAUCGAGGCGUGCAGACGGAAAGGAAAGUGAAACCUAGAGUGAAAGGUCGAUUAAAUACAGAAUCAGACAGUGAAGAGGAUUUCGAAUUUGGAAAAUUUGUGAAAAAUAUAAAACCAACCCUAAAUUCAACAACGAGAAUAGGACCACAGGGAGCAAAAAGCACAAAUUUGACCAGAAGGACGAAACCAAAGGAACCAUAUCUGAAAUCUGGCUUUAUAAACGAUGAAUCUUCGAGUGGUGGUAGUGGAAGGAGUUCAUAUUACACAGCCCGCACAAAUCCUCUAUUAAAUAAUAAGAAAAAACCAACUGCUGCGCCUGCAUCUGCAUCGACUCUAAGAGUGAUGGCAAUCUGUGAUCCUGAAACGGACGAGGAUGGGGAAAAUGAAGUCCCAAUCUUUCCGAAUGACAGACUCAAUAGACGAAAAUUAUCUUUUAGCGAAAGUGACGAUGAUUCCGCUACUAGCGAAUUUGACCCAGACGAUAUAGUUUCGCCAAAGACUUCGCCAAAAAAGAAUGUUUCGAAAACCGCGCAUCGUUUUUUGAAAACCUCCCUCAAAUCUAUUCGGAAAGUUGAAGUCAAAAAAGCACCAAGUUUCUUGGCUUCGCUCUCGACGUCUGUUCCGAUGUCGUCUAGUCACCCCGAGGCUAGAGUGUAUAAACAGAAUUUUAAAAAGUCCAAAGAGGCAUUGUGCAAACAACUUUUCUCCAUAUUCAAUGAGAAAGUAUUCGACAAGAAACUUCCGGAUGAUAUGCUGAUAGAAUGGAGCACACGGAUGACAGGCACCGCUGGCUUUUGUUAUAACAAAAAGUCUAUCAGAGCUCUCGGCAGCGUAACGAGAUCGAGUAGAAUUGUGUUAGCAACUAAGAUUUGUGACAAUCCCGAAAGAGUGAGGGAUACUUUAGUUCACGAAAUGUGUCAUGCUGCCACAUGGAUAAUAAACGAAAUUUCAGAGGGUCAUGGUCCUCUGUGGAAGGGAUGGGCAGCAAAGGCAAUGAAGGCUUUUCCAGAAUUACCGCACAUAAGUCGAUGCCACGAUUACCAGAUUAAAACGAAAUAUACUUAUAAGUGCACAACCUGCGGAUAUUGCAUUGGAAGGCACUCAAAGUCGCUGGACAUACAGAAGAAACGCUGUGGAUAUUGUUACGGAAAAUUUGAGGUAUUCGUCAACCGAACAACAAAAUCUGGUACUGUGCAGAAAACACCGAGUCGCACAAAAGAUCCGUCGGCGUUUGCUCUCUUCGUAAAGGAAAAUUAUAGCUCCGUGAAGCAGAAUAGACGAAGCAUGAAGCACGGGGAGGUGAUGAAGGUUUUAGGUCAGCAAUUUUCUGCAGUUAAAAUUGCUAAAAAUAAGAAGCAAGAUGAUAUUGUUGAGGAGAACGAAAAUAAUCUCUCUGAAUGAAAUUCCGAGUUAUAGAGUAUAUUAUAUAUGUGUUCAGUGGAUUGCGUUAAGCGAUAAUCCAGUUUUUUAAUUUUAAUGUAUGUCUUAUACUGACAUCGUAACAGUUCCGACGUUUUAAUGUAUAUUUGACUUUUAGAAAACAUUUUAUAUGACGGAAUGACUGUGCGAGACACUAUUUGUAAUAUAAUGACUGAUGUUAACUUCUCAUUGCCGGACGCGACGUGAGAGGUGUAUAAGUAUUACACAUAGGAAUAAUUAAUAUACGAAUAAUACAUUCUAAGAAUUUAUAUAGUUCAUAUUAAUAUCGUGCCUCGGAUUCUUAAAAUAAAAUUAUCUUGACAAGAA